AUGCCCCUUUACGUACCCCCUGCAAAACAUGAGGAGUUUACUAGCAAGUGGAAUGAGAAAUACGGGAACAAUCUACCCCCCCUCGCUCUGUAUUGCCUGCUGUGCCCAGAUGACUCAGGUGCCCUGCAGUUUCUCAUCAAGUUUAUGGAUAAAAUGGCAGAUUACCCAGACUGGAAGGUGAUCAGCGCUCCCAAUGACGAGGUGCCCAUGGCACACUCACUCACUGGGUUUGCCACAGCCUAUGACUUUAUUUACGCUUUCCUUGAUGAGCACCGACGGGAUGUUUACCUCAAGAGAAUUCGCUCUGAGACAGAGGAGCUGUAUGAGAUGUCUAAGUAUAGGGGUUGGGGGAAACAGUAUCUCCAAAAUCAUCAAACCACUAAUAUAUUAGCUAUCUUGACUGGGGCUAUUGUGGUCGGCACACAUGACGACCCAGCAACAAUGGUCUGGAAACAGGUGUCAGUCAAUUAUAUGGAGAAGACCAUGUUUCUCCUAAACCACGUUGUGGAUGGGUCACUAGAUGAGGGUGUGGCUUAUGGAAGCUACACGGCCAAGUCUAUCACGCAGUAUGUGUUCUUAGCGCAACGUCAUUUCAACAUUGACAACACACAGAACAACUGGCUGCGGGAACACUUCUGGUUCUACUAUGCCACCCUGCUGCCAGGCUUCCAGAGGACCGUGGGCAUCGCCGACUCCAACUACAACUGGUUCUACGGCCCAGAGAGCCAGCUGGUGUUCCUAGACACAUUUGUUAUUAGAAAUGGCACUGGGAACUGGCUCGCCCAGCAGAUUAGAAAGCACAGGCCCAAGGACGGUCCCAUGGGGCAGUCCUCUGCCCAGCGCUGGACUACCCUUCACACGGAGUACAUCUGGUACAAUGCCCAUCUCACGCCACAGCCUCCCCAUGGCUUUGGCAAAGCCAGGAUGCAUAUUUUCUCCAACUGGGGUGUGGUGACGUACGGAGCCGGGCUGACCAAUGGUCAGGGCAACACUUUUGUCUCCUUCAAAUCUGGGAAGUUGGGUGGCCGUGCCGUGUAUGACAUCGUUCAUGCAAAGCCAUAUUCAUGGCUGGAUGGCUGGAAUAGCUUCAACCCAGGGCACGAGCACCCGGACCAAAACUCCUUCACUUUUGCUCCUAACGGACAGGUAUUUGUGUCCGAAGCACUUUACGGGCCAAAGUACAGUUAUCUGAACAAUGUGCUGGUGUUCGGCCCCUCUCCCAGCAGCCAGUGUAACGCCCCAUGGGAGGGCCAGCUGGGGGAGUGUGCUAAGUGGCUGCGCUGGACAGAUGAAGGGGUGGGAGAUGCAGCUGGGGAGCUGGUCGCUGCCUCCUCCCACAGAGACACCAUGUUUGUGAGUGGGGAAGCAGCGUCUGCCUACUCUCCUGCCAUGCGGUUAAGGAGUGUGUACAGGGCCCUGGUGCUGCUCAACUCCCAGACCUUGCUAGUACUGGACAAUGUCGAGAAGUGGGACGAUUCACCCGUCACCUCACAGAGUGCGUUCUUCCACAACCUCGAUAUUGACUUUAAAUACGUCCCCUAUAAAUUCAUGGACAAGUACAAUGGGGCGUUGAUGGAUGUGUGGGACGCCCAUUAUAAAAUGUUCUGGUUUGACAGUCAGGGUCUCAGCCCAGACACUAGGAUACAGGAGGCAGAGCAGGCGGCAGAGUUCAAAAAGAGGUGGACACAGUAUCUUAAUGUCACUUUCCCAAUGAGGGGCACAGUAAGCAGAGUGGCCUAUGUGAUGCAUGGACCUUAUGUCAAAGUGUCCAACUGUAGAUUUCUGGACAAUAGCAAAAAUGGUGUCAGGCUAUCUCUAAUUAUAAACAACACAGAGAAAAUAGUUUCCAUUGUAACAAACUAUAAAGACAUAGGAGCAAGAUUAAGUUAUUUAGGAUUUGCUGGUUAUGCCAAAAUGGAGGACAGACGUCAGAUCAUUCGAUAUGGCUUGGGGAUGCAACUUGUUCCCGAACAAAACACAGUGGGCAAUCAGCUGUUUGAUUUUGGAUUCACAGUCAAUGUGAUAGCAGGGGUGAUACUUUGUGUUGCUAUUGUGUUUUUGACUAAGCAGAGAAGGUUAUAUGUGUGCUUCAGUAGACUGAUGCGCUAUGCUCUCCUCUCUGUGCUCAUACUGUGGAUAGCUGAGUUGUUGUUUGUGUCGAACACCUGCGAUCAACUCCUCUGUAGGGUCAAAUGGAAAGGUGUCAGCACUGACCGAGAGGUCAACAAACAAAUCAGACUUCAUGAUCAGCAUCGCUUUCCCCUGCCAACCGUCGUCAUAACGACCCUGCCUGGCUCUGGAUCGGAAAUACUUAAGCACCUUUUUGACAACAGCUCUGACUUUGUUUACAUACGGGUCCCCACGGAGCACAUAGACAUUCCAGAGACCGAGUUUGAAUUUGACUCGCUGGUCGAUGCCUGCGAGUGGACCAGAUCGGACGCCCUGCGCGGACGAUUCAAGAUCAUUCAGGGCUGGCUGCACUCUUUGGUCCACAACACCAAGCUGCACCUGCAGAACAUCCAGCUGGUGGAGAGUAGCAGGGCCAAGCUGCCCCAGAGAGCCCCAGGUCUCGGCAGGGACAGGAGGAAGAGGACCAGGAGGAAGGAGCCUGCUGCGGAGCUGAGGGGCAAGAUGAGAGGCAGCCUGGACCGGGACGCUGAGUACGUCAGGGAUAUGAGGCGCCACGUCAAUGAGUACCCCAAUGCCCGUGUGGUCCUCAACAUGAGGAGUGGCAGCUGGGGGCUCAAACUCCCCUUCAUUCAGGAGGUGGUGGGCCCGUCCCUGAGGGCCAUCAAUGUAGUCAGAGACCCCCGGGCAUGGAUCUAUCUCAUGCUCUUUAACAGUAAGCCCAGCCUUUACUCCCUUAAGAACAUUCCCCAACACCUGUCCCUGAUAUUUGAGGAGGAUGUUUGCAGUACCAGGGACGGGUGCCCAGCCUCAGCCCCAGAGUUCAGAAUGAUCCGGAGGCUCCUGUCCCACCCCGAGGUCAACGCUGUCCUCCUGUUGGCCCACCUGUGGCUGGCACACACUGCCGCAGUGCUCAGGGUCAGUGGGAGCCUCCCAGCAGAGGCCUACCUCCAGGUGAGGUUUGAGGACAUAGUCACUUUCCCCCAGGAGACGGCUGAAAGGGUACACAUGUUCCUGGGGGUGCCGGUCAAACCGGCGGCCCUCAACCAGCUCAUCUUCACCACCUCCACAAACUUGUACAACUUGAUGUACGAGGGGGACAUAUCACCAGCUAAUAUUAACAUUUGGAGGCAGAACAUGCCUCGCAAGGACAUCAGACUGAUAGAGGACACAUGUGGGGUGGUCAUGAAAAGACUUGGGUACUCCAGGUUUAUCAGCUAGUUACCGUUACUGCUGCAGGUCAGCUGAUAUGAAGUUGUCUUCGUACCCGUAUACCACGGGUACGACAAAACAUUUAUUUUAACUGCUCUAAUUACAUUGGUAACCAGUUUAUAAUAGCAUUAAGGUACCUCGGGGGUUUGUGAUAUAUGGCCAAUAUACCACGGCUAAGGGCUGUGUCCAGGCACUCCGCGUUGCGUCACGCUUAAGAACAGCCCUUAGCCGUGGUAUAUUGGCCAUAUACCACACCCCCUCGGGCUUAUUGCUUAAAUAUUUAACUAUGUUCCAGAUGUGUGUGGUUUUACUCACAUAUGAUAACUUGUGUUUGCAAGUGAGGGAUGUUUUACAUUAAAAUGAGAUGAAGGGGAACUUUAAAAGUGAAUGUAUUUGAUUGUGUUUUAUCCCCAUUAUCCCCAGGACAAUUACUUUAAACACUCUUUUUGAGUGAGAUUUCCUCCCUUUGAUGUCUAACAUGCAGUUGUCUCUUAA